UGUUUGCGCGUGUGCACAGUACUUGCAUAUCUCUAAUAGAGUCGUCAUCCGAAUUCAUACAAGCUCACAGGGAACCAAUAAAUACGCGCGUGUGCGUAAAAUUGACCGGAUUAGUAACUUGGCAAAUGUUGAUUUCUUAACGCGGAUAAUAAUAUUUUAUUUAACAAUGGGUAUAUUGGAAAAAAUAUCUGAGAUUGAAAAGGAAAUCGCAAGAACGCAAAAAAAUAAAGCUACGGAAUAUCAUUUAGGGCUUUUAAAAGCAAAAUUAGCGAAAUAUAGAUCACAAUUACUGGAGCCUGCAAAGAAGUCGGAGAAAGGAGAAGGUUUUGAUGUAUUAAAGUCGGGCGAUGCAAGAGUAGCGUUAAUUGGGUUUCCAUCUGUUGGAAAGUCUACGUUAUUAAGUACAUUAACUCAUACAGAGUCAGAAGCUGCAUCAUACGAAUUUACUACUUUAACUUGUAUUCCUGGAGUUAUAGAGUAUAAGGGUGCAAAUAUUCAGUUGCUCGAUCUACCAGGUAUAAUUGAGGGAGCUGCACAGGGUAAGGGAAGAGGUAGACAAGUUAUAGCAGUUGCCAGAACGGCGGAUUUAGUAUUAAUGAUGCUAGAUGCUACAAAACAAGAUGUACAACGACAACUUCUAGAAAAAGAAUUGGAAUCCGUUGGUAUACGACUUAAUAAGAAAAAGCCUAAUAUAUAUUUCAAGAUUAAAAAAGGAGGUGGAUUGGCUUUUAAUUCGACAUGUCCAUUGACUAAAGUUGAUGAAAAAUUAGUUCAAAUGAUAUUACACGAAUACAAAAUUUUUAAUGCGGAAGUAUUAUUUCGAGAGGAUUGCAGCGCGGAUGAAUUGAUCGAUGUUAUCAAUGCAAAUAGAGUAUAUCUACCGUGUCUUUAUGUAUAUAAUAAAAUAGAUCAAAUAUCAAUAGAAGAGGUAGAUAGGAUUGCAAGACAACCGAACAGCGUUGUAGUAAGUUGUAAUAUGAAGUUAAAUCUUGAUUUCUUACUGGAAACUCUCUGGGAAUAUUUAUCUCUUAUAAGAGUAUACACAAAGAAACCAGGCCAACCGCCUGAUUUUGAUGACGGACUGAUUCUGAGAAAAGGUGUCACGGUAGAACACGUUUGUCAUUCUAUUCAUCGUACGCUCGCUCAACAAUUCAAAUAUGCUCUCGUUUGGGGUACAAGUACUAAGUAUUCACCGCAAAGGGUAGGAUUGCAGCAUAUUAUGCACGACGAAGAUGUUAUACAAAUUGUUAAAAAGUAAAUAUAAAUUAGUAUACUAUUAAAAGAAAGGGGAAAAAGGAACAAAAAAAAAAAAACAAAACAAAAAAAAAACAAAAAAAAAAAAACAAGAAAGAAAAAAGAAAAACAAAGAGAACGGAAAAGCAAAUUAUUAUAAACGCCAAUAAAUUUCUCAUUCCAUCUGA